GUGCAGAGUUAAAGAGUCUGGGCCUCUGCUAGAGAUUCUUGCAGGUCUGUGAAGCUCGGUUGCUCUGAGUCUGGUGUUGAUGAUGGAGAGCGUGGAGCAGACGAUCACGAGGGUCUCUCAGGAGCUCGGCUGCAGCCCCACGUCUUGCUGCGUGGCAGAACAUCUGGACCGACACGACGAGCUGCGGCUCCUUCGCCAGGAGUUCCUCAUCCCCAAAAUAUCUGACCUGUCUCCGUUGGAUUCGUCACUUGUGGACGGUUCUGAAGAUUGUGUUUAUUUAGCUGGGAAUUCACUGGGUCUCCAGCCAAAAAACACCAAAAAAUACAUCGAUGAGGAGCUGGAGAAAUGGGCCAAAAUCGGUGUGCAUGGCCAUUUGAAGGGGUCGCGACCUUGGGCCUGGGCUGAGGAGACCUUGGAGGAGCUGAUGGCAAAGAUCGUUGGCGCUAAACCUGAGGAAGUGGCUCUGAUGAAUGGAUUGACAGUCAAUUUGCAUCUUCUGAUGCUUUCCUUCUACAAACCGACUCCAAAACGCUAUAAGAUCCUUCUAGAAGAUAGGGCCUUUCCAUCAGAUCACUACGCCAUUGAAUCUCAGAUCCGGCUGAGAGGACUGGACGUGACCGACAGCAUGCUGAUCAUUAAACCCAGACAGGGUGAAGAAACCAUCAGGACGGAGGAUAUGGUGUCGGUCAUCGAGCGGGAGGGCGACGCCAUCGCUCUGGUCAUGCUCAGCGGAGUUCAGUAUUACACCGGUCAGCUGUUCGACAUGGAGGCCAUUACUAGAGCCGGACACACCAAGGGGUGUUUGGUAGGGUUUGAUUGUGCACAUGCCGUAGGAAACGCAGAACUGCGACUUCAUGACUGGAAUGUGGAUUUUGCAUGCUGGUGCUCUUAUAAGUAUGUGAACUCAGGGGCCGGUGGUCUGGCUGGAGCUUAUAUACAUGAGAAACACACUCACAGCGUCAAACCCACUCUGACGGGCUGGUGGGGACACAACCUGAAGACCAGAUUCCUCAUGAACAACGAAUUGGAGCUUCAGCCUGGUGUUAAUGGUUUCCGUCUGUCCAAUCAGCCCAUCUUACUGGUGUGUCCACUACAGGCCAGUCUAGAGAUUUUUAACCGGACGAGUAUGAAGGAUCUGAGGAGGAAGUCGGUGCUGCUAACAGGGUAUCUGGAGUAUCUGAUCAAACAUUACUACAGCAAAGACCCAUCAGACCCCAACAAACCCUGGGUUCACAUCAUCACGCCCUCUGACCCCGAGCAGAGAGGCUGUCAGCUGUCUCUGUGCUUCUCUUGUCCAAUCAGAGCCGUGUUUCAGGAGCUGGAGAAGAGAGGAGUCGCCUGUGACAUGCGAGAGCCCAACGUGCUGCGUGUCGCUCCGGUGCCGCUCUACAACUCCUUCACUGAUGUUCACCGCUUUAUCACUGCUCUGGGAUCAGCGCUGAGCGCCAGCGGAGCCCAACACUGACGACCUGCGCGUUCUGCUGGUGCCACAUGAAGUCUGAAGUGUUUUUAUUGGCUGCUGUUGCUCUGUGAUUCUGCUCGUUAACACGACGAGCGCAUCAGUGUCCAUUACAGACUAAUCAAGUUUAUAUGCAGUUGUUUGCAAAAUAGCUAAUAAAUGUUUUUCUUCACAUCAGCUGAGGGACUUCAAAGGAUUGUGUGCCAAAAAUCUGAAUUACUGUUAUUUCAUAACAAGAGUUUGUUUGGACCAGUUAAAAAGUAGACUUAACAUACAUACUGAAAUGAGUCUUUUUUUCAUCAUAUAAUUCUGUUCAUAAAAAAACAGAAAAAAAACAAACAAAAAAAUUAAAAGGAAAAAUAUAAAACUAAAAACUAAUUCAAUUAUUACUAAAAUUCCGUCUGAUAAAGAUAAGCUAAUAAUUACUUUUGUGUUAUGGCCGGUAAAGUAUGACAAAUAUAUAUUAAUUUUGAAUUUUCCAAUGUGUUAAAUAUUAAAUUAGUAUUUUUUUAAAUUUCCUUUUUUUUAUGUUGACAUAGUGGACUGAUAUCUGGUUCAAAAGCAGUAGGUUCAGUGCAGUAAAACUAUGAAACUUAGUUUUAAACUUUCAGCAAAGCGUCUUUUGACAUGAGAACCGUGAAACAGUCAUUCGUACUUUACACUGGAGUGAGUUAUUCAUUAGUAAACCGUAAAACGAGUCCCUCUUGGGAAAACGUGUCCUGUUUGUUGAGGGACGUUUGUCCUUCAGAGUGUUUAGAAGAUUCAUUAAACCUGAGAGUCUGAGAUGAUUUGAACACUUUAUCUGAGUCUCUUUUCACUCUCUGAAUGAAUCCUGAUGAACUUUAAUUCGUUACUCAGCCUGCUGCUCUGCUCUUCUCAGGAGAUCUUCCACAAAGACUUAAGAAGAGAAACUCGUCAAACUGAGGAUGGUUUCUGUGAUGCAAUGCUAGUAUUUGUUUAGCAUGUGUGUGAAGAUCAUUUACUGUGUUUUACACACAACUGUCUCUGCAAAUGUUUGCUGAACAGGUUUUAUUGUCUUGUAAUGCAGGAACUUUGACUCAUUGAUGCAUUUUAUUUGCUGAAGUCCAUUAAUCGUGUCUGUCUCUCCGGAUGCUGCCGAGUUUGCAUGAUGACAUUCAUCUGCAUUUAGUCAUAACUGCACUUCAGCAUGAGCUGCAAGUCUGAUUUCACAUUGAAUCUGCUGCACUCUUUACAACUUUCCAAAAUUAACUGAAACACAAGUACAUUUGUGAUGCAUGUUUUUACAAUUUUCAAUUCAGUCGCACAAUUUAUUUGCAUCAUAACUAGUGUUGCAAUUACUUUCGACCUCACGGCAUGAUGAAAUAUUGUACAACAACUGUCAGAGACAAUACAGAUCAAUCAUGUUCACAAAUACUGAAAAAUACUAUGCAGCCAAAAUAUUUAUUGUCCAAAUAUUUAUA